CUCUACUUAGGACUUGCAGAGAGACCAACAUAUUGGAGAGACUUCUUAGGGCAACAGCUAGCCCUUUAAUGGGACCCAUCACGUCCACCGAAGAAAUGAACACAGGUCAUGCAGUUCUGGGCUGUCAGACUACUGAUAAGACAAUCAUCACUUUAUUUAUCAUUUUAGUCCUCUUGUGCGUGGUGGCAGUGAUAGGCAAUGGACUUAUCACUAUAGCACUGGGCAUGAAAUGGUUGCUCCGGAGAACACUGUCAGCUCAUAAUAAGCUACUGAUCAGUCUAGCAGCUUCUCGCUUCUGUCUCCAAUGGGUGGUGAUAGGUAAGAAUAUUUAUGUUUUCCUGAAUCCAACAAGCUUCCCAUACAACUCUGUAAUGCAGCUCCUAAAUUUAAUGGGGGACUUCCUGACUGCUGCCACCAUCUGGUUCUGCUCCUUGCUAGGUUUCUUCUAUUGUGUGAAGAUUGCAACCUUAACCCAUCCUGUCUUUGUCUGGUUAAAGUACAGGGUGCCUGGGUGGGUACCAUGGAUGUUGCUCAGCGCUGUGGGGAUGUCAAGCUUAACUAGUAUCCUGUGUUUCAUAGGCAAUCAUAUGAUAUAUCAGAACUAUGUAAGGAGUGGCCAGCAACCUUGGAAUGUCACUGGGAAUAGCUUAAGAAACUCACUUGAGAAAUUCUACUUCAUUUCUACAAAAAUAAUUAUGUGGACAAUCCCCACAAUUAUCUUUAAUAUUUUUAUGAGUCUGCUCCUCAUAUCAUUGGUAAGACACAUGAAAAAGACUCUCUUGACCUUUUCAAAACAUCAGGAUAUUUGGGCACAGGCCCACAUCAAAGCUCUUCUUCUUCUCCUCUCCUUUAUUAUUCUUUUCAUCUCCUGUUUUCUGACACUGGUACUCAGUUCUGCCAGCAAUAUACCAUUUCAGGGAUUCAGGUACUGGAUGUGGCAGGUGGCGAUUCAUCUGUCCACAGUGAUACACCCCAUUGUUAUACUCCUCAGCAACCCUGGGUUGAGAGUGGUGAUGAGGAGGGGCUGCUGCUGAAGAUAUGGGGCAACCUGCAUGGCAGUUGAUAACCCUUGGACAGUGGGAGAGAAGG